UUUUCGGCUCUGAGGAGGUCCCCGCCCAGCCUUCAAAAUUUUGUCCAAAAGCAGACAAGAGGAUCGCCCCGCGCUGAGCCGGUUGGUGGGCAGCAGGAGGCGCCUGAUCGCCGCCGGGGCCCUGGGGGUGGUGAUGGUCCUGCUGCUGGUCAUCCUGAUCCCGGUGCUGGUGAGCUCGGCGGGCACGUCGGCGCACUACGAGAUGCUGGGCACCUGCCGCAUGGUGUGCGACCCCUACGGGGGCACCAAAGCGCCCAGCACUGCAGCGACCCCCGACCGGGGCCUCAUGCAAUCGCUGCCCACCUUCAUUCAGGGACCCAAAGGCGAAGCCGGCCGGCCGGGCAAAGCCGGCCCCCGCGGACCACCCGGAGAGCCCGGGCCGCCGGGCCCCGUGGGGCCUCCCGGAGAGAAGGGGGAGCCGGGCCGUCAGGGCCUGCCGGGGCCCCCCGGGGCUCCGGGGCUCAACGCGGCCGGGGCCAUCAGCGCCGCCACCUACAGCACCGUGCCCAAGAUCGCCUUCUACGCGGGCCUUAAGCGCCAACACGAAGGCUACGAGGUCCUCAAGUUCGACGACGUAGUCACCAAUCUGGGCAACCACUACGACCCGACCACGGGCAAGUUUACCUGCUCCAUCCCAGGCAUCUACUUCUUCACCUACCACGUCCUGAUGCGCGGAGGGGAUGGCACCAGCAUGUGGGCUGAUCUCUGCAAAAACAACCAGGUCCGUGCUAGCGCAAUUGCUCAGGACGCUGAUCAGAAUUACGACUAUGCCAGUAACAGUGUGGUUCUCCAUUUGGAGCCAGGAGAUGAAGUCUACAUAAAAUUAGAUGGAGGAAAAGCACAUGGAGGGAAUAACAACAAAUACAGCACGUUUUCUGGAUUUAUUAUUUAUGCGGACUGAUAAUUCGGAAACUAAACUUAUUUCUUCUGAAUCUGAGCACUGGAUCCAUAACAGCUCACGCCUGUGAAUCAAGAAUCCCAGUGGAUACCAACAGUGGGGCACCUCAAUAGUGUGUGUGUGUGUGUGUUGGGGGGAGGGGGGAAAUCAAAUGCUACCUGACACAUCUGUACAACUCAGAAAAAAAAAAACAAACACAAAACCUUAUGUUAAAAAAAAAAAUUAAAAGCAAGAUACGCAGAUGUGUGAUCCACUACCGCCGCCAAAGCAAAUACUCCUUAAUGUUAGUGUCCAUGUGAAUGAAGUCCUAUAGAGAUCACAACUUUUUAUAGAAAAAUCUACUAGACUGAAUUAUUUCUUCAAUAUAUAUGAUACUUUGGUGUAUUAUGAUAUUGCUGCUUUUAUCCAUAUGUCAGCUUUGGUUCUUGUGAGUUUACCUGCUAAUUAUGAUACCUGGAGGCCACUUAGAGUGUGGUGAGGGAUGAUUUUAAUCUAAAAGGAAGGUUUGAAGGAAAUCAUAUUGUUUCUUUCCAAAGAAAUUGUUUGCCUUGUAUUUUUGUUACUUUUACAUGUAAACUUAGGAAUGAUUCAGCUUUAAGCCUUAACCUGGAAUGUUCUAGAUUUGGGGGGAAGUAUUUCUCAAACCUUGUAUUAUUGCCACAUCAUUUAAUUUUUGUUAAUUUGGUUUCCCCCUCUCUCUAAUGAUGAUUUUUAGAAACAGAUCUAGAAUGUGAGAUUGAAUUGUCUUGUAAAUGUGCUAAGAAACCUGUGUAAGUAUCUACAGUGUUUAGAUAGCUUCAUAAUUGUUCAUCUUGUCAAUAUAGAUAUUGAGUCCAUAUAAAAAAUCUACACUUCCUUCAAAAGGCAAAAGCAUUUCUUUUUCAGUCUAAAUCCAGAUUACAGUCCUCUUCCUCAUUCCCACCUCUCAUGCCCUGGGAUGGAACAAAAGGUUAUUGAUGCACAAAGGCUUAAUUUGAGCCUCUGCAUGAAUUACCAAGGGGACAGUUUGUGAUGCCUUCAAACCCUUACUGAGGUUAUUUCAAAAUUAACAGAUAGAUGUAUUAUCAAUAUAACAAGAUGUAUAUAUUUUAUACACAAUAUAUAUUAUAUAUAAUAUGUACAUUAUAUAUAAUGUAUAUAUAUAUAUUAUAUGUGGCUUAGGCACAGUGGAUAUAGAGUCUAGAGAACUACAUUUUUAAAAAGUAAACUAUAUAUGGUAUUUGAAUUAUUUUGAAUGUCAAAAACACAUGGAGUACCAAAACAAUAGUUCUUAGUGAAAAUGGCUCCUGUUAACAAUUUCAAAAGAGAAUAUUAUUUUGCAUAGGUUAAAGAUGGUCUGGAGCACAUUUUCCUUUCUAUUGGACCACUCCUCUCUUAUUCUGACCAAGAGUUUAUCCCAGAGUCUGUGGUAGGCUAUUAACAUUAGGCUUGCAGUAACAAAGUGGCUUCUCCUUCAAUGUUGAUGUAUUACAUGUAUUUGAGCUAUCAAUUUGUUCUUGUUUCAGAGGUGGACUGAAACUGACACUAAUGUAGAUUUUGAGAGCAGUUAGAGGCCAAAAUCCAGCCUUUCUGGUUAAUAUGUACCGCCAAAAGCCAUCUCUUUAAUCUACCAAGUGAAAGAUAUAAAGUACGUGUUGUCAUACUCUGACCUGUCAAACAACUUCCCCCAUAAUGAUGAAAAAUCUAUUCCUUGCUAUUUGCCUUUGAAGAUCCCUUGACAAAUAUCUUCCAGGAACAGAAAUUUUAAAAAUAUUUAACCCACUUGUUUCAUUGCCGAGGGAAUCAUAUAUGUCCUUUCUGCUUUUUUCAGGAAACUAGUUUGUCCCUUUGGUUUGUCCCUCUUGGGACAGUUCCAUCCCAAGUCUGUGGGUUAUCCCCAUGCUCAGCUAUGCUUAUUUUUCAGUAAACCUCUAAGGUAGCCUCACCAAGAUCUCAAAAAAGCAUUAUUGUUGUUCAUCAAUAUAUUUAUUUAUAGUUCCUGUUUUCCCCAGUAACGUGUCUGUCUGGUCAAAUACCACGAUUUACCAGAUGAAAAGCAUGAAGAUACUGACCAAGUGGAAUGGUUAAUACUCUUUGGUCUUUCUAAUGUUGAGAUAUUUCAUAAAAAAGAUUAAAAUGAACUUCCCUUCCACUUGAGGGACCUUGACAAUUGUGGAUGUGUAUGUUUACUACAGAGGAAACUGGAAGCAAGGUGUGAGGAAACUGUGUAUAUCAAUUAUAAAAGUAAGCAUUCAAGCAAAAGAUUUAUUUUAGGAGCAGAGUACACCAAGGAGUUAAUAAAGGACUUCAUUCCACAGGAAAACAAACAAACAAACAAACAAACAAACAAAAAACCCAACCAACAACCCAGAGCUGGAUACCAAGCUCUAAAAAUCAAGAUUAUCAUUUCUAAUAGAUAUGACCUUUUCUUCAGAUAAAUAAGCAUUGCUUACCCCUGUUUAGGCUUGGAGAAAAAGACUCAAAAAGUAUACAAAAGAAAUGGGAAAACAUAUAAGGCAAACAUUUCUUUUAUUUAUUUAUUCAUUUAUUUAGCAUCAUAUCUUACAAACCAAUUAAAUUGUGGCCUUUGUUAUACAUGUAAUGAUGAUGAUUCAUUAAACUCUAUUAUGUAAUAGA